CUAAUCCUCUCUCUCUCGCUCCCUGUUGUUGUUUAAUCCCAUUUUUUUCUUUUGUUUUCCCGUUCCGUUCAAAACCCAUCUCGGAGAUCCUUUGCUUCUUCUUGGUCUCUCACAUUUUCUUGAAAAAUCUGAAAAAAGCAGAGAAAAGAAGAGCUAAAGGAGCAAGCUUUGGCAGCAAAAGUCUGAAGAGAAUUGCUUCAGAUCUAGGAGAACUCAGGUUGUUUGAGGCAAUGGAGACAUGCCCAACUGAGUCUUGGUCUCCUGGUCUCUUUUGACUUACAAAAAAAGCACUUAUUAAACCCCUCUCUAUUCUCUCCUCUUCCUUCUUUCUUCUCUCGUCUGUAAGUCUUCCAAAUUUGAACCUUUUGGCUACAAUUUUUGUUGGGGUUCUCUGGUUUUUCUGCCUACUUCAAAACCCACCAAGAAACUUGCUUUUCACUUCACUUUCUAGACAGAGAAACAGAAAGUAAGCGAGAGAGAGAUCUGUGCAAAAUGCUGGCUCUUGGGAGUCCUACCAUCGGUGUCCGUACCAGCGCCAGCUGCAAUGUUUUACUCAAGGAACUUCAGCAAAUAUGGAAUGACAUUGGUGAGAGCAUAGCAGACCAAGACCGCAUGUUGUUAGAGUUGGAGAGGGAAUGCUUAGAUGUUUACAGGAGAAAGGUUGACGAAGCUGCCAAUGCCAAGGCACGCCUUCAUCAGUCUGUUGCAGCCAAAGAAGCUGAGCUUGCAACUCUCAUGGCUUCUCUGGGGGAACUUAAUAUUAAUUCACCGAUCCAGAGAGAGAAGCGAGCAAAUUCUUUGAAAGAAAAACUUGCAUCUGUGGCACCACUUUUAGAAGAUCUAAGAGUGAAGAAAGAGGAGAGGAUGAAGCAAUUUUCAGAUAUAAAGGCACAAAUUGAGAAGAUCAGUGGGGAGAUAUCUGGAUACAAUCAUCUCAACAAUGCUCCAGUCAGUUCGUUAACCCUGGACGAACACGACUUGUCAGUUAGAAAGCUAACUGAAUAUCAAGCACAUCUUCGCACUCUUCAGAAAGAGAAGUCUGACCGCCUCAACAAGGUUUUGGGACAUGUAAACGAGGUUCAUUCUCUUUGCAGUGUGCUUGGCUUGGAUUUUGGCCACACUGUGAGUGAAGUGGAUCCUAGCUUGCACAGGGCGAACACUGAACAGUCUACAAACAUCAGCAACAGCACAUUGGAAGGCCUAGAACAGACUAUUCUCAAGUUGAAAACUGAAAGAAAAGCUCGAAUCAAUAAGCUAAAAGAUAUUGUAGCGUCACUUUUAGAACUUUGGAAUUUGAUGGACUCGUCAAAAGAAGAAAGGAGUAACUUUUCAAGGGUUACUCGCAUUUUUGGAAUUUCAGAAGCAGAAAUUACGGAACCAGGCGUUCUUUCAACAGAAAUUAUUGAACAGGUAUCUGCAGAAGUGGAGAGACUCGCUGAAUUGAAAGCAAGCAGAAUGAAAGAACUUGUUAUGAAAAGGAGGGCAGAACUGGAGGAAGUAUGCAGAAUGGCUCAUAUUGAACCUGAUAUAAGCACAGCUGCUGAGAAAUCAAAUGCAUUGAUAGAUUCGGGUCUAGUAGAUCCUUCUGAACUUCUGGCAAACAUAGAAGCACAGAUAGUCAAAGCUAAAGAAGAGGCUAUGAGCCGGAAAGAAAUAAUGGAUAGGAUAGACCGGUGGCUAUUUGCUUGUGAAGAGGAAAAUUGGCUUGAAGACUACAAUCAAGAUGAUAACCGGUACAGUGCAGGGAGAGGUGCCCAUAUUAACCUCAAACGUGCAGAACGAGCUAGAGUGACUGUAACCAAAAUUCCAGCAAUUGUUGACAAUCUGAUACACAAAACUCUGGCCUGGGAAGACGAGAGGAAGAAGUUGUUUCUUUAUGAUGGGGCACGACUGGUGUCGAUACUGGAGGAUUACAAAGUGAGCAGGCGGCAGAAAGAAGAGGAUAAGAAAAAAUCUAGGAACCAAAAGAAGCUCCAAGAUCUGCUCCUCACAGAGAAAGAAGCCAUGUAUGGGUCCAAACCUAGUCCUAGGAAAAGCACCAGCUUUAGGAAGCCAAAUGGAUAUCGUUCAAAUGGGAAUGGAUCUGUGCCUCCUACUCCUCGUCGGAACUCAGUUGGCAGUGGAACUCCUGAGCUCUUGACACCUCGAUCGUACUCUGGGCGCCAAAAUGGAUAUUUCAAGGAAAUGAGAAGAAUGUCUACUACGCCCCUGAACUUUGUGUCCAUACCAAAAGAAGAUACAAUGUCAUAUUCCACGUCUGUUUGUGGUUCUGUGCUGGGCUCCCCCCCUCAUGAUUGAUCUUAAAUACUGAAAAUGACGUGGAAUUUGGUGCAGGAACAGGCAGCAGCUGUUACAAGCUAGAUGAACUUACACUCACUAAAAGCAGCAGAAACCUUGUGAAUACGGAGGGAGUUGUACACUACUAGUUUUAUGAUUGCAAUUUGUUAGGAUUUACAUGGGAAGUGACUCUGCCUACUGCCUAGGUAAUUAGUACUCGUAGUCUUGGAAUUACCCCUUGUUUAACUUAGAAGUCUUUGCUUGUCAAUAUAAGAGAGCAAUAAGAGAGCAACUGAAGUGUUAUAUUAGAGUGGUUUGCCAUUUCGUAUAAUUGUGGAUUGUGCUUGUGUUUGUGUUUCA